AUGGACAAAACGGGAGAAGCAACAUUUCAUCAUAUCAACAAGAGCCAUCCCUCGCCAACAAAGCGAGGCCGCCUCGUCCGAGCCACCGGCCGAAAGGACCGCCACAGCAAAGUCUCGACAGUGACGGGAGGCACCCGCGACCGCCGCGUGCGCCUCUCCCCCAAAACCGCCAUUCUCUUCUACGACUUGCAGGACCGGCUCGGCUGCGACCGCCCCAGCAAGGCCAUCGAUUGGCUCAUGGCGCAGGCCAAAUCCGCCAUCGAUGCUCUCGCCGCCGCCCCUCCCACCUCCUCCGCCGUCCAAGAGGAGCACUCCAACGAAGAUCAGCUCUUUCUUGAAUUGUUCGGUGCAGAUUGCGGCGGCUAUGCCGAGAGGGAACCCCUUCAGUCCAGUUAUUAUACUCAGUUUCAAGGCUUCGGAUUUUCCGACCAGGAGCUGACGAAUUUCCACGCCGCCGAUGAGAUGGCGGCUUUGAGCAUGUCUUCUUCGUUCUUGCAGCAUUAUUAA